GAACAGCGUGGGCCCGAGCGUAGCGAGAGCUGGGCAUUAACGGUUUAUGAGACGUGACUGACAGUUUCUGAUGGUAGAAACAGAUCUGGCGGAUUGAAACAGUUGGUGAAAGUUUGGAUAGUCGCCGUUCAUUUUUCCUGGUGCCGGUCAAGUCCUCUUUGAACAAGCAAUAUCUGGAACUUUUUUGAAUUGGGUCAAGUUCAACAAUGCCUGGGUCAAAGAAGGGACAGAGUGUCUUGGAUGCAAACAGGAAAGUAAGUCAUGGUGACUUGUCUGUUAAUUGUAACGAUGUGUCUGAUGUUAAGCAUGACAUGGUUGAUGUUACUGUUUCGCCGUUCAGGGAUAAUAGGAACAUCAAACUCCCUAAAUUUGAACCACGAUGUUUUGAUGGAAACCCGGCUGAUUAUUUACAAUUUGUAAAGGAGUUUGAGAUCAUGUUGAGUGGUUUUUUAUUAAAUGAUGAAUUGAAGUUAAUGUAUUUGAUGAGAUAUUGCACUGGAGAUGCUGCAAGAGCUAUACAGUGCUGUAAGUUUAUGAAGCCAAAAGAGGGCUACGAUGAGGCUAUGAGCAUAUUACGUCAAAGGUUUGGAAGACCUUCGAUGAUUGCAGGGAAAUUAUUCGAGGCUGUUAAGGGUAAUGGUGGUCAAUUACAGGAUGACUCCCAGGCACUCACUGAGUUUUUAGAUAAUUUGCUAAUUUACAAGAAUGGAAUGAUUUCGAUGAAUCGCAUGAGUGACCUCAACUCGAGUUUUAUACUAGAAGUAAUAGCAAGACGUCUACCUACUCGACUGCAAAGGAAGUGGGUGAAGAUGAGCUCCCGUAUGGAGGAUGAGGGUAUCGAGCCAAAGUUUGAUGAUAUCCUGAAACUGGUAAAUACUAGUGUCAAUCAAUCUAUGAGCAAGUUUUCCAGUCUGUUAGAUCUCACCCCUAGAAUAGAGCAGUCUGAGGGUAAAACGCACUCAUUGAUGACGAAUAAGCCUCAGAGAGGUGGAUAUCGAGAAGACUCCAUGAUGUCUAGUAAUGCAUAUAGACCUAGUGAGUGUAACAGGUUUCGUAGUACAUCCUCAACAGAUAAGUUACAAGAUGCAAGACAAACACGGUUGUGUUGUACACGUUUGCAAGAGGUGCAUACAGAAGUGAACUGUGAACCAGUGAGCAAGUUCAGUGAUAAGCUAAAUGUAAACUCCAGGUCUGACUCCGAAUUGUGUGACGAUAACGGUGCGGUGAAGAAGUCUGUAGUUGCAACUGGUAAGCCAUUGUUGAAUAGAGUGUCACAGAAUAGAGUUACUGCUUCAGAGUGGAGUUCUGACUCCAAAAGUUUACAAGGUAUUACUAGUCAGAGUGAAGAUAUAAAACCUUUUAUGAUUUGCGAGGAGGAACCAAAAUUGUCUACUUCUGUUAUUAAAGAGUUUGAAAAUGAUGAAGUUGACGGUAAAGUGAAUAUUCGUGAUAAUGAUCAU